AUGACACCCCAGCUCAACGACACGCAUACAGCCUCAGGCCCAGGCGCAGAUAACGACCACCCCGACGCACCCCUGCCGACGGAGCGAUACACCGACGACGAAACGCGAUCACUGGUAGAAUACGAGCCGUACCCGAUCGAAGACGAUGAGUCCGAUAUUGCGGCCGCGGCGACGCGGCCGCGGCAUGCGACACAUGCGAAAUUGCGUAUAUUCUGGCUGAGGAAUAAGGGCAUGUUCUUGGUGCUUUUGGCGCAGAUGUUCGGCGCUUCGAUGAACGUUAUGACGCAGUUGUUGGAGAUUAAUAGUUCCAUGCAUCCAUUCCAGAUUCUCUUCGCCCGCAUGUCCAUCACAGCCCUAGCAAGCUACCUCUACAUGUGGUACGCGCGCGUGCCCAGCCCACUCGGCACACGCCCAAUUCUCCUCCUCCUCAUAACGCGCGCAACCUUCGGCUUCCUAGGCGUCUACGGAAUCUACUACUCAGUCCAAUACCUGCCUCUCGCCGAAGCAACGGUAAUCACGUUCCUAGCACCAAUAAUGACCUGCUACGCCUGCUCGCUGCUGAUCCCAGGCGAAACGUUCUCCAAGCGACAGCAAAUCGCGGCGCUAGUCUCGUUAGCAGGCGUGAUUCUAAUCGCGCAGCCAUUCCGCAAGCGCGGCAACGGCACUUCCACAGAAAGCUCGCACUCCGGCUCCGGCUCCGGCUCGCCGGGCUCAGCAGACUCCUACCACCACAUCCUGGCGACGAUCGUAGCGUUCGUAGGCGUGAUCGGGGCGGCGGGCGCAUACACUUCGAUCCGGAUGAUCGGGCGGCGGGCGCACCCGCUUGUCUCCGUGACGUAUUUCUCCAGCGUGACGACGAUUAUUUCGCUGGUGGCUAUGGCGGCUGUGCCCGGGGUGCCGUUCCGGUUCCCGAGUACGCGGUUGGAGUGGGUGUUUAUGGCGGGGUUGGGGGUUUGCGGGUUCCUUUUGCAGUUUCUCUUGACGGCGGGGUUGUCGUAUGUGCCGCCGGCGGAGGUGUUGAGUGGGAAGGAAUGGAGGGGGGGACAGGGGUCGCGGGCGACGAGCAUGGUGUAUAUGCAGGUUUUGUUUGCGCUUUUCUAUGAUAAGGUGGUUUGGGGCACUACGUUGUCUGUUGUUCCUGCGGUGGGGUCUGUGCUUAUCCUUGCUUGUGCGGUAUAUGUGGCUGUUAUGCAGGAAGGGCGAUCCGAGCCGGAUCCAGUUGUUGAGGAUCAGCCGUGUUUCAAAGAUGGUGACGAGGAGGCUUGA